UUUGACAUUGAUAAGGUAUCUCUAAUCUGGGUCUGCUGCAUAAACAUCAUCUUGUAAAUAAUAUUUAAGAUGGCAUCAAAUAUUUCAAAAACUCAUAUUCUAGCAAUUUAUAAGUCUUUACUAAGAGAAUCUCAAAAAUUUAGUAAUUACAACUUUAGAUCAUACGCAUUGCGAAGAGUAAGAGAUGCCUUCAAAGAGCACAAAUCACUUCAAGAUCAUAAGUUAAUAAAAACAGAAUAUGACUUUGCAAAGGAUAACUUGGAAAUCAUCAAACGACAGGUUAUUAUUGGAGAAAUGUAUAGCACAGAUAAGCUUGUCAUAGAAAAUCAGCAGUAGACAACACAAACUUGAAAGGGAAAAAUCUUUGUUAUAGCUGCAUACUACAAGUACAAUUGAAUAUACAUAAGCAAUGCAAAUAUUUAAUUUCUGCUGUAUAAGUUUUAAUCUAGUGUUGUAAGUAAAUAUAUGAAGUAUGUAUGUGAAAUAUAUUUAUGAAAAGGUUAAA